CUCCAGGCUGUUGGGAGGAAAAGGGGAGAACGGAGCAACAGCCACGACUGUGGACGCGAGCGUCUCGGGUGUGCGCAUGCGCCCGCUCCGCGGCCUGCUUCUAUUUAUGUGGGGGACCCAACAUGGCGGAUGCGGCGACCCUGGCGAUGGCGGCGGAGCCCGUCAGAACGUAGUGGCGGGGACGCGGGCCCGGGCCGCACUCACGGUGGCGUCCGCGGAGGCGGCUGAAGGCGCCGGACGCAGGAAGAGCGGCGGAGAGCGGAAGGAAGGGCGGGCGGGCACGCCGCGCGGCGUCGAGGCGACAGCCGGCUCGGGCGAGCGCCGAGGGCCGCAGGCGCGGGGAUGGCGGAGCCGCGCAGAGUCGCGUUCAUCAGCCUGUCACCGGUGAGGCGGCGCGAGGCCGAGCCGGCGGGCGCCGAGCCCCCGCCCCCGCCCCCGCCCCCGCGGCCGGAGCCGGCCCGGGCGGAGCCGCUGCCGCCGCGCGAGCCCAGCCGCGCCGAGCCGCCCAUGGCGCCGCCGCAGCGCGAGCCCCCGCGGCCCGAGCCGCCGCCGCCGCCGCCCGUGCCGCCGCCCGUGCCGCCGCCCGUGCCGCCGCGGGACGCCGCUUCCCGGGCCGAGCCGCCGCCGCGGCCGCCCAGGGAGACGGUUCGCCUGGAGCUGGUGCUCAAGGACCCCACGGACGAGAGCUGCGUGGAGUUCAGCUACCCGGAGCUGCUGCUGUGCGGAGAACAACGGAAGAAACUUGUUCAUACAGAAGACCCAUUUAAUGAUGAGCAUAAGGAGAGGCAAGAAGUGGAAAUGUUGGCUAAGAAGUUUGAAAUGAAAUAUGGUGGGAAAGCCCGUAAACACCGGAAGGAUCGGCUACAAGAUUUAAUUGAUAUAGGCUUUGGCUAUGAUGAGACAGAUCCGUUUAUUGAUAACUCAGAGGCUUAUGACGAAUUAGUCCCUGCUUCUCUAACAACAAAAUAUGGAGGCUUCUACAUCAACACUGGUACUCUUCAGUUCCGCCAGGCUUCAGACACUGAAGAAGAUGAUAUUACAGAUAACCAAAAGCACAAGCCGCCCAAGGCUCCCAGAAUAAAAGAAGAUGAUAUUGAGGUAAAGAAGAGGAAGCGGAAAGAGGAAGGGGAAAAGGAGAAGAAGCCAAGAAAAAAAGUGCCCAAACAACUCGGAGUUGUGGCUCUUAAUUCUCACAAGUCUGAAAAAAAGAAGAAGCGAUAUAAAGAUUCCCUUUCUUUGGCUGCUAUGAUACGAAAAUUUCAAAAAGAGAAGGAUGCACUAAAGAAGGAAUCUAACCCUAAGGUCCCAGUGACCCUACCAACUUCCUCUCUGACUAAGUCCUCCUGUGCUGCCUCAGCCAUGGGGGACGACAUCCCGGACUUCAGUUUGAACAGUGCUGAUCCAGACCUCCCUAUUUUUGUUAGCACAAAUGAGCAUGAAUUGUUUGAGGAAGCGGAAAAUGCCCUAGAGAUGCUAGAUGACUUUGACUUUGACAGGUUACUAGAUGCUGCUUCUGAUGGCAGCCCCCUCUCUGAGUCAGGGGGAGAAAAUGGAAACACCACCCAGCCCACCUUCACCUCCCAGGUUAUGCCCAAGGUGGUACCUACACUUCCAGAUGGUCUACCUGUGCUCCUUGAGAAACGCAUUGAGGACCUUCGUGUAGCUGCCAAACUUUUUGAUGAAGAAGGAAGAAAAAAAUUCUUCACACAAGAAAUGAAUAAUAUUCUUCUGGACAUCGAGUUACAGCUACAAGAAGUGGGACCCGUCAUUCGCAGUGGCGUCUACGCCCAUCUUGAAGCGUUUGUGCCAUGCAAUAAGGAAACACUGGUAAAACGCCUAAAGAAGUUACAUCUUAAUGUCCAGGAUGAUCGUUUAAGAGAACCUCUGCAGAAAUUGAAGCUGGCUGUAAGCAGUGUCAUGCCUGAACAGCUGUUCAAAUACCAGGAGGACUGCCAGGCUCGCAGUCAAGCCAAGUGUGCCAAGUUGCAAGCAGAUGAAGAACGGGAAAAAAAUGGAUCUGAAGAUGAUGAUGAUGAGAAGCCAGGGAAACGAGUCAUAGGCCCACGAAAGAAAUUCCACUGGGAUGAUACCAUUAGAACUUUGUUAUGUAACCUGGUUGAGAUCAAAUUGGGAUGCUAUGAAUUAGAGCCAAAUAAAAGCCAGUCUGCUGAGGAUUAUCUCAAGUCCUUCAUGGAGACAGAAGUGAAGCCACUGUGGCCUAAAGGCUGGAUGCAGGCCAGAAUGCUCUUUAAGGAAAGCCGGAGUGUACAUAAUCAUCUUACUUCUGCUCCGGCAAAGAAAAAGGUGAUUCCUGCAUCAAAACCCAAAGUCAAGGAAUGUAGCCCCAAAAAAGACCCAAAGGCCCCUGUAUCUUUGGCUUCAGUCGGCGGUCCUUCCAUAAGCUCCAACACAUCCACCAUUGCUUCGGCCAGUGCGAGCUCAGCACCAGCCCAAGAAACCAUCUGCCUCGAUGACUCCCUGGAUGAAGACCUUUCUUUCCACUCGUCUUCACUGGAUCUUGUAUCUGAAGCUUUAGCUGUCAUCAACAAUGGGAACAAAGGCCCCUCAGUUGGCUCAAGGCUAACCGUGCCAACUACAAAACCUCGUCCAGGACUGAGAGAAGAAAAACUAGCAAGUAUCAUGAGUAAGUUACCACUGGCUACUCCCAAAAAACUAGAUUCUACUCAGACUGCACACUCGUCAAGUCUUAUUGCCGGUCACACAGGGCCAGUACCAAAGAAACCCCAGGAUUUAGCUCAUACUGGCAUUUCUUCAGGCCUUAUUGCUGGUUCUUCAAUUCAGAACCCUAAAGUUUCCUUAGAACCUUUGCCAGCCAGGCUACUCCAGCAAGGACUGCAAAGGUCCAGCCAGAUACAUGCUUCUUCCUCUUCACAGACUCAUGUCUCCUCCUCCCAAGCCCAAGUUGCUGCCUCCUCUCAUGCUCUGGGAACAUCAGAGGCCCAAGAUGCUUCUCCGUUAACACAAGCAACAAAGGUGCACCAGCACUCAGCUGUCCACCAGAACUAUGUGUCUCCAUUACAAGCCACCAUUAGUAAAUCACAGACCAACCCAGUGGUGAAAUUGAGUAAUAACCCCCAACUUUCCUGUUCGUCCCAACUACUCAAGACUUCAGAUAAGCCACUGAUGUAUCGCCUCCCUUUGUCUACCCCAUCACCUGGAAAUGGUUCACAGGGGCCUCACCCCCUGGUUUCUAGGACAGCAUCAAGUACCACUACCUCCAGUAACUAUUUAGCCAAGGCUAUGGUGUCACAAAUCUCCACGCAGGGUUUCAAACCUCCCCUCUCAAUGACUGCAUCUCCCAAACUUGCGGCAUCUCCCAAACCUGCCACAUCUCCCAAACCUUUGCCCUCACCUAAGCCUUCUGCCUCACCCAAGCCCUCUCUGUCAGCUAAGCCUUCAAUAUCAACUAAACUUAUUUCUAAAUCCAACCCAACCCCCAAGCCUGCUGUAUGCCCGACUUCCUCCAGCCCAAACACACUAGUAGCCCAGAGCAGCCACUCCACUAGUAACAACCCCGUCCACAAACAGCCCAGUGGAGUGAACAUCAGCAGACAGUCUCCUACUCUGAAUUUGUUGCCCUCAAAUCGCACUCCUGGCCUUCCAUCUACAAAAACUCUUCCGGCCCCUUCUAAACUAACAAACUCGUCACCCACUGGGACUGCUGCUGGGAAGAGCAGCUUGAGUGGAAUUCCAAUGAAUGUACCUGCCAGCAGAGGUAGCAACCUUAACUCGAGUGGAGCUAAUAGGACUAGUCUAUCUGGGGGAGCAGGAGGUGGAACACAGGGUGCUACUAAACCGUUGUCUACUCCACAUAGACCAGCCUCUGCCUCAGGGUCUUCAAUGGUAGCAGCCAGUGUGCAGUCCACAGCAGGAGCAUCAUUAUUGGCUAAUGCCUCACCUCUGACUCUCAUGACAUCACCUUUGUCUGUAACAAAUCAAACUGUGACUCCUUUUGGGAUGCUGGGUGGCCUUGUUCCCGUGACCAUGCCCUUCCAGUUUCCCUUGGAGCUACUUGGCUUUGGAACGGACACAGCUGGAGUGACAACCACCUCGGGAUCUACCUCAGCCGCUUUCCAUCACAGCCUAACUCAGAAUUUACUAAAGAGUUUACAGCCAGGAACUCAGCAUGCAGCAACACUUUCCCACUCACCUCUGCCUGCACACGUACAGCAAGCAUUUAAUGAUGGAGGCCAAAGUAAAGGGGAUACUAAGUUACCACGGAAAUCUCAGUGACUUCCUAGCGAUCAAGAGAGGAAUCAUUUGACUGGCUGAUGGGACCUACCUGAUGGGAAAGUCUUAUGUGGUCACAGGGCUGCUGUUUCUGUCGAUGUUUACAUUCUCGUCCCGAGCACUGUGGUGAGGAGGAAAAGGAAAGAAAAUGUUACUUGAGAAAAACCAGGUGCAGGAGGAAGAAAUGCUUUUGUGCAAAAUUAGUGACCUUUGGUCUCUUAAAGUUCCCAUGUUAACCUGCUUCAAAGAGACUCAGCUGUCAAACCCACAGAAGUAUCAAUUUGAUUUUUUUUUUUUUUUUUAACCUGGGGGAGAAAGAAGGAAGUUGAGAGGAUUUGGGUAAAUGGUCAUCCAUCCUGGGGGUUGGAUCUGAACAGUCUACAUAUAAGUGCAUAAUAAAAGCAACUAAAAGUAGAAUUAGCCCAGUUUGAGGAGAAUCAGUCAUGUGUGUGUAGUGGACAGGUUUGCCACAGUCAGUCACACGAUGUUCUCCAUACAGUAGCUGAAGAGUACUGUACUCAAGUGUCCUGAGCAAACUUGAAUCUUCUCCAGAGUGUAGCAGUUCCCAGUGUAAGACUGAAGAUGUGUCGGCAAAGAUGCUGUAGCACAGUGAUAAAUAUCACUAUAUCUUCUAGAUUUUUUUAAAGUCAGGAAAGUGAGCCUGUUGCUCUUAACGGACAAAAUGUCGAUAAUCCCCUUUUUGUAAAAGGGUCUAUUUCCUCCAUUCAGAAGUAGGUACUGAACCCCUUUCUAAAGCUGACUUGUCAUCCGGUAUUGACUGGUUAGUAUUUAUUUCUAGUCCCGAUGUGCAGGAGUGAGUCUCACGUUUUCUCUUGAUACAUGGGGUCUUUGUAUCUCUGCUGCUCGUCUGCCUUGUAGCCUGCCAAGAACUGCAGGUGCCCAGCUCCCUCACUGCACAGGACUCUUAACUAGUGGUACCUUAGGUGACUAGAGCUGUUGAUAUAAAGAGCAUGCACAGCAUCUGUAUCUUUGUGGGUCAACCAAAUGGUAUAUACAUAACAGCAUACCAUUUUAAAGGGAUGAACUCCAGUAGGAAUACUGUAUACAAGGGACCACCCUUUAUAACUGUCACAAUGAAGCUUUAUGCCCCAUAUCCUUUGCAGUAAAAAUGUUUGCACCAUUUGGAAUCUGAAACUUUUAACAGAAUUUACUCAGUGUUGAUGUUCAAGUAAGCCUAUAGGUACAGAUAAUUAAGGUUCUUUAAUUCUGGUUUCUAUAUGUGAAUAGAGGCAACGAAGGAUGUGAAGGGAUAAAUACACAAUUCUCUUUGGAUACAUUCUAUUUUGCCUCGGCUACAUUAUGGUGUCCCCUGAAUUUUAAAAUUUUGAGUAUUUUCAAAUUAUCCAAGGAUAGCAUAAACUCUAAGUGAUAUAAGUUUAGUUUAUGUAUGACAGGCUAGCCUGGUAAAAAUAGCAACAUUGCUUUCAUAUUCUCAUUACAUAUUACCAUGUAUCAUUCAGUUCAUACAGACGAGAGUGUUAGCCAUACCACAUUUUCCUUUGACAGGCAAAAGCCCUGAGAAGCCCGUAUGACUGUAAUAACCAACCACAGGUCUGCUUGGAUUUCUAUGCCUAUAAUGUGACUUCAGAGUCACAUUGACAUGCCUCAUAGCAAAAAGUCAGUGACUGAGAACUUUAGUUCCAAGAACCUGUUACAGUAAGGGGAAAGGAUUGUUCAGGAGAACCAUUGAAGCUGGGUAUACUGGCUCAUGCUUGUAAUCCCAGUACUCAGGAGGCUGAGGCAGGAAGAUCUCAGGUUUGAGGCUAGCCUGGAAUAUGUGACAGUGAGACCCAGGCCAGUCUGCACUGGGCUGACAGUGAGACCCGGCCUCAAAAAUAAAUAGAUAAAUAAAUAGAUAAAUAAAUAAAUAAAAUUAAAUAAAAAGGUCAGGAAGGAAGGAAGAAAGGAAUCAUUGCUAUAAUUUCUUGACCGUAGUAAUUUAGUUAAUGAAUAAAGCAAAUAUGGAUGCUAUAUGAGCCCUGGUAGAUAAUUGGAAAGAUACAGGGGUGUAGCUGAGAGUUUGAACUUGAAUUGAACAUGUUAGGUUUCAUUGAAAGGUCUCUCAGAGAAGCUUACUCAGUUCUUGGCUUACUCCAGUCCCAGAUGACUUGUUUUCAAACAUGCCUGCUAAUACUGCCUGGGCUGAUGUUCUGGGAGUGUGCUUCGGAAGGUGGCCUUGAGCUUCAUUUCCUCUUCCCAGGGAGAAGUCAGUGAUAUUAAUUAGUCUCUCUUCCUGCUGAUACCUGUGUUUGUGUGUUUCUUAAACCCAUCCAUUCUGAACCAUGCUAUAUGAAGGCCCUGGUGGUUCCUUGCCGUCAUUAGAAAAGAACAAGAUUAGUAACUCUCUUUCCUGUGUCAUUUUAUAAAAUUAUCUGAGAAUAUAAGACGUAAAGUAUCUUCUGUUCCUAUCAGUCUUGAUUUCCCCUAAGGACUGCUGUAAGAAUCCCCACUUCAGCAACCUUACAUGUUAUACAGAAUAUUCAGAGUCCUUUCUACAUGUAAAUAUAUUUCUUUCUAUAUCAUAACAUUGAAAGUGGUGUCCAUACUUUAUGGCUACCUGUCUUUACAGUUUUUAUUACUAAGAACAAGCAUAUAAGUUGGUUAUUUUUAAACAAGAGACUUGCAACUCAUACUGUAUUUUUGCACUUAAAGUCAAAUUAUGUUAUUUUUCAAAUGGUGAAUAACUGGAAAGGAUAUCUGUAGAGCAAUGUGUAUCGCUAAAGAACGUUAGCAACAUCCAAAUGCAGAAGUAAAUCAGCACACUUAGAUCCCACUCAUGGGAUACUUGAUUCAGGAAGAUUAAGCUAUUUGUUUCCAACUGUCUUACAUUUAAAAUUGCCUUCACUGAUGUAUAAGCUGUUACUGUACAUACAAGGUGAUCCUCAGUAUUCACAAGCAAUAACAGUCAGCAGAGCUGUCCUCAGACAGUGGUGCUGGACCUCAGUUGGAGACUGUUUGGGAGCAAAGUGUCAAGCUCAUUGAGAGCCUCCGAGAUAAAUGCAAGCAAUAAUUUCUAUUAAAAUUAAAUUAUAAUUCUUCUCAUGCUUCUGAGAACAGAGUGAGAAAUCAUGAUUUUAAAACAUUCUGGAGAAAAGAUUUGGAGAAAAGAAGCCAAGUUUUUUUAUAAUAACAAAAGUCCUUACACUUUGAAGAAAUCAAGAAGAUUCGAUUAGUACAUUCUUUCAUGCCCACCACCCCUUUGAUGGAUAUUAUUAGCCCAAAUUAUAUUGUUUUGUGUCAUAGACACCGAAUAAGGCUUGUUUGGGCCCCAACGCUGGGGAAGAACUGGACACACACUGUUUGAAGACUGUGGGUUUGACACCUGCUUGGAAACAGCUUAUUGGGACUGAUCUUAACCCAGGAUAUUUUUCCCAAAGCAGAUCUAAAUUGUUUACUAUGCAGAGACGGAAAGGACAGGCACCCUUAUUCUCUCUCCUCUAGUUGCCCUCCCCCACAGCCCUUUCCACCUCUACUUGGUUCAAGACUUUCUGAAAUGAGAAUUCUGCUGUUAUUGCAACUGCCAUUGGUUUUGAGAACUCUGUCCUUUGGGAUCGUCUCUAGAACUCGUUAUCUGUCCUACUUGCUGCUACAUUUGGAAAAUGACUUUGCCUGUGUUGGUUAACUUCUCUAUUUAUAGGAGAUUUUGUCAUGUACUUUGACCCCUGUGUAGAACUAGGGUACUUUAUUUUAGGAGUGUACUAUGAAAGCACACUGGUCCUUGUAUUGUUAUUAUUACCUAGGUUUUGAAUUUGUUUCCUUUGUUUGUUGGUCUUUGUUUUAUUUUUCAAAUUGAAAAAUAGAAUAAUGGCAAAACUCUACUCCAGGCCAAACUUGAGAGCUGUGCUGUGCUUCAGCGUGGCUGCUCUGCCGACCCAUCCUGCUCCGAAGGGCACUUUGACUUUUCGUUGUACAUGUGUGACUUUGUGUUAGCUCUGGGUGCUUUUGGUUUUGUAAAAGCGAAGCGGAAACAAGUGCAGUAGUAGAGAAAUGAUCACAGACAUGUUAUGCAAUUUUAUUUUAUAAAACUUUAAAGGAAAAGUUUAACUCCUUGUAAAUAAUUUCUUAUCUCUGGUAAAAUGCUUAUAUUACUCCUCUAAACCAUGCUCAAUUCAGGCCUUUGUCUUUGUUAAGUGCCUUUUAUUUCUUUCUUUUUCUCCCCUCUUUAGAAACUUUUCAAACACCCUAGAGUACAUACUGAUUAAGUCAGGGGAUUCAGGAGAAAGAAUCUCAGACUUGCCAAAAUCAUGUCAUGUUUUAAUAAUACUCUUCCUUCUGCUUUGUAUGUGUGAACACAACGAGAUGCACAGUGUGUGUAAAGCCAGGAACAGCUGUUCCAUGGCAAUCUUUCUAAGCACUGCCCUUUUGACAUUGCAGAGUUCCUACCUUGUUUAUCUCAUUGCUUUGGGUCGAUUCAGACGGGCAGAUCGGGAAGUUGUCUUUACACAUGAUGCUGGCUUCCCCUUCUGAGUAUCUGUAAAAGUUAAUAUAUAUGUGUGUGUGUGUGUGUGUAUAUAUAUAUAUAUGUGUGUAUAUAUAUAUAUACACACAUAUAUAUAUAAAACAUACAUGUGUUGGUUAUUGCAAGCAUAAUAAACUUGGUGGACUCAUUGAUUAUUUCUGGAUACAAUCCACUUCUCUCUACCCUUCAAAUUUCGCAGCAGUAGUGUGUUAGGCAUCAGGAUAACAAGAGCAUCUUGUGGGUCAAUCUGAUGUGGGGCCUAUGCAGACAAGACUAAACACACGGAGGGCUAGAGCUAGAACCAUGCAGUGGUAUCCGAAUACACUUUGAAGGGAGUUAGCACCCAUGUCAUUAUUAAAAAGUGUUUUCUUCUGGAAAAUUAUCUUUAAGAAAUUAUAGAGCUGAAUACCUUUUAAAACUUCAAUAAACUUAGAUUUUAGAUAAUGAGGAAACACUCAUCUACAACAUACUUGAGAGAUUUUCAAUCUCUUUAUUUUCUAGAUGAUUAGAUUUUGCUCUGAUUUCAUGAUCAUUUAGACAUCUUUCUUGAGCAAAGUAACCUAACUUUCUAGGAUUUUUUUCUUUUUUCUUUUUGAUAUAACAUGUUGAAAGAGACUAAGACGAACCAAUUCUCUAAACAGUACAAAUACAUGUGCAAAGGACCUCACUUUAGUAAAAUUUUAAUUGGAAAAGGACACUUGUGGCUACAAAAAGAAGCUCCUAGUAGCAGAGCUGUCAUCAGGCAGCUGGGAUCAGUAUUGAGUGUUAAUUCCUAAAAUGCUUCAUCUAGGGGGGAUGUCAUUUAACCUUCGUGCCUCAGAUUACCCAUGAGACAAUUGGGUAUAAUAAUAAUCGCCUACCUCCCAGGGAUAUCAGAGACUUUACUAUUUCAAAAAUAUUUUGAGUUUUCCUAGAACAUCCUAUAUAAUUAUAGUAUUAUCUUCCUGCAGAGGUUGAAAACAAAUGUUUUCCUUAUAGUGGAUAUAAAGAGUACCCUCUGGUCUUUAUGUUUGAAAAAAAUCACUGGAUUUAAUUUAGAUACAUGUUUGAUAUUGAAACAUACCAUAUUUGUAGUGUAGUAGAAUUAUUAGUUUCAGAUUAAAUCAAAGGGGAUGACACUAAGUUUCUUAACUACCAAUAGUUUUUUUUUUUUCUAAGCUUUUAUGAUGUUAUUACUUACGUGAUGUUUUUGAAGGUUGUCAAAGUAAAGUUAGAGAAAGUUUGGAUUGCUGAUAAGUGACCUGAAAGGUUGUAUCCUCCCUCUUCUUCCUUCUGAAUCUAAUUUCCUUGUAGUACUUGCUUGAUGAGUAAAUCAGACCCUGCACAUUGUUCCUGUCUCUGGGUUGAUCCACCUUUGCCCUGGGAGAUGGGGCAUGUCUACACCUAGGCAGCUGUGUACACUUUUCACUUUGAAGUUCAUGCUUCUUCAGUCCAUGAGUGAGUCAGAGCGAUCAGCUGCUCAGGCGGUAGGAAAAUAGGAGAAGAUGACAGGGUUCACUUGCUAGCUGUGGCAAAGGGGACGGUCAGGGUACAAGGAAACAUGAUUUCCUUAGCUCCUGGGAGGAGAUUAAGAUCAUUGUAUCUCACCUUCCAUUCAUGCAUACUAAGUAAUAAUGCAUAAAAUGUUUUUCUUUAAAACAACAGGAACAAAUGGAUGCUGCAGUUUUUGUUAGAGCUAAGUAGUGUGUGAGAAAGAGUAUGAGUGAGUUUAAAUUACAGCACAUAUUCAGGGUCAGCAAAGAGAGUGCAGGGUGUUGAGGAACAUUUACUCAGCUCAAGUGAGUUAGGAGAAAGCCCUAGGCCUAAUAAGCAGCCAGCACGUCUGGGCUGACCCCAGAACUGACUCAGACCUGGUCAUUCUCUAGUCCUAGGGGAUUUUUUGGUGUUUGUUGUUUUCCUAAAAUCAUUUUUGGGAUUUUUGUUGAUUUUUUUUUUUCCCCCCUCCUCCAGAUUAGGCCUUAGUUCAUAGCCUUUCAGAAUCAGCUGUGCACAUAAGCAUACUCUCCGUUUCCCACAUUUUCUUCUUGUUCCAUUCUUCAAUACAAAUGUUAAGAUUUCAACCCAAAGUAAUAAAGUUAGGGAUUUGUUGAGUGUGUGUGUAUUUCUUCUGGGGAAGAGUAACAGCAGCCUAAAAUAGAUAUAUUGUCUGUGUUCAUCUGCCCUAAAAUGUGAACUUUAUAUAACAACCUCGCUGAAAAUCCCUUUGCCUGUGCAGACCUAGAGUUAGUGUCGUGGAUCAUGCUUGCACUUUUAUGAAGUCACCCGGUGUAACUCUGAGAAGUUUAGUGUUUUGGCUGACAGAGCUGAAAUGCUGGCUCAGGCUCUCACUGAAAACAGCUUCAAAUGUUAGUGUUUAAUUCUUCAUUUCUUUUAGUCUUCAUCCUUGCCUUUGCGGUGGAGCUCUGAAAUUAGCAAUUGCUCCUCUACAGUAUAAGUUAGUUGUUUGUUGUUAGAUCUAAGGAGAAAAGGUAAAUUGUUUCCACGUCCUCCUCUCCCUCACUUUUCCACGACAACAGUCGUGUAGGGGACAGUUUACAUCUUAGCUCAGGACACAGGCAUGGGUCAUCGUUAGGGUUUAGUUAGUGGAAAUACCUCUGACUAGCCUGAUGCCAAAUGACACUUCCUCUUGUACACUCUUCCCAUUUACUUUAAAGGGAUUGUUUGUGAUCUCCUUGUGUUGUAAGGUUUCUACUUCUCUGUUUCCUGUGUAUUCCCAUUUCAUAGUAGUUGCUAUUCAAACUUAGUGUAGUUUUUACACUGCUACCCAGACUAGUCAGGAACACAUUUUGAAGUCUCAGUAAUACAAUUAAGGUUCUGUACAUAGUCCAGAGUUUGCAGAUUACUGAUGAUUGGGGUAUUUUCUCUUCUCGUUUAUGUUAAAAAAAAAAAAAAAAAUAGAUCUCAUAGGCUGAGGGUGUAGCUCAGUAGUAGAGCUCUUACCCAGCAUGUGCAAAGCCUGGAUGGAGGUCCCUACCCAGCAGAGCAGAGUAACAAUAAAUAAUACCAGUACUUUUCAAGAUUUGGCAAAAGAAAUACAGUCUUCAUUAGGGACUCAUAAUGGUCCGGCUUGCUAAGGUCUGUCUGAGCCAAGCAGACCACUGAAUCCUUAGCCCCAAUUUUAAGUUCCCUGAGUCUGGCUGGUGGAUGCUUGGUGGUAGAGCUCUGGCUGACAUCAGAUAAGAUGGCUUACCUGACAUAACAUCUUCUAUCUCAGAGUACAUUUAGGAAGCGACGGCAACCGAGACAAACCAUUGCCUGCCUAACAACCUGUGCUCAAAUUUUACAUACAACCAUAUUGUAUUUUCUGUACUUAUAACCAUAAACUUUCUUCCUUUCUUGCUUACCUCUACUGUUUGCAAAAACCUUGUGCACACACACACUGGCAAGAUUACCAAGUAUUUGCCCAAUUUUAGCUAGAAACAUAAAAAGGAAAAUAAAUGUCAGUUGACAAUAGUGUUUGUUUUAAAUAGUUAGAAAGUUGAUCCAUCUUUGGUCGGCUUUCUUGACAUUUCAGCUAUUCCUCCAUAAUAAAUUAUAUAUCUUCUUUGACAUGUGAACACCCAGGGCCUUCUCCCAGUAGAGGUGGUGUGUCCCUCCCACACAGCUUCCUCUGAUUCAGCAUUCAGAGAAGAGAGCCAAGCUUUGUAGGAUCUGUUGUCAACUGUCAUUGAAAAAAACUACCUUACUUUAGGAAAUAUUUGAGUGCUAAACUGUUCUUGGGGGGGCAGCAUGUUAAUUUGAGCCUCCCCAAGGUUUCUCUGCUUAAAUAGUAUCAGACUUUAAGGAGAGGAAAAGAAAUCUCUGGCUGGUGAGAAUUUUGCUCCCCAAAUAAUGAAGUUAAGCCUAACCUAGGUGAUAAGAGAUGGGUGUUUUCUCUCUCUGCUUGUGAGCAAGGGUUAUAAUUUUAAGAAUCACCAUGGACCUGCAGACCCUCUUGCUGUAACUGGAAGAUAGUAGACUGAGUUUAGUCUGCCGAAGCGUGUAUUUCCAGCCCUCCAUUAAAGUGUAGAUUAGGGGAGACUUAUUGAAUAGCAAAAGGAAGAAAGGAAGUUACUUAUCCCUGAGUGUCUGCUCUGCAGAGCUGCUCCCACUUAGGAAACAGUUCCUCCUCUGCAGUCAGCCCCACCCUACACAGAUGCUAGCGUGCUUGCAAGCCAGUCUCUAACAAGAGCUUGAGAUGUUGAUGGUCCUUAGGGACAGGCCCCCGUUACUGUACUGCAUCUGCUUGUAGCAAGGUGUGUUUUUGCUAACUUGAAGGAAUAUAUGCUGUAUUUCAGAUAAGUGUGUGACUUAAUACUUUGGGAUUUCUUUUUCCUCUAAAAACUGGACCUGAACACAAGCUUUGAGUUGGUAUUUGUAAUAAUCUCAGGACCUGAAAGAUUGUAGCAUUUAGUGUGUCUUAAAAAUUAUGUACUGUACCAGCCAUGGAGUUUUGUAAAUAUACCUGUCUCCCUUUUUUUGUAUUAUUUUAGUAAAUAAAUAAAUAAAU